AUGCCUAGAUCUCCCAUCCAAGCUAAGGGCUUGCUACUUUCCGCGAUAGCAAGUGGCGAUCCUUGUGUUUUCAUGGAACCAAAAGCCUUGUAUCGAGCUGCAGUUGAACAGGUUCCAACUGCUUUGUACACCCUUCCAUUAUCAAAGGCCGAAAUCUUGAAGGAAGGAAAGAAUCUCACUAUUGUUUCUUACGGCCACCCUCUUUACACCUGCAGCGCAGCCAUCGAGAAGGCAGAGAAAGAUUUCGGCAUCAGCAUAGAGCUGAUUGACCUUCGGACGGUAUAUCCUUGGGACAAAGAAUGUGUGCUGAAGAGUGUACAAAAGACCGGCAGGUGCCUGGUGGUCCAUGAGAGCAUGGUCAACGCUGGCAUAGGAGCUGAAGUCGCCGCGAGUAUUCAGGAGGAUAAAGAGACUUUUCUCCGACUUGAAGCACCUGUGAUGAGGGUGGCUGGGUGGAGUAUACAUAUGGGAUUAUUGUUUGAGAGGUUUAAUAUCCCAGAUGUUGCGAGGGUGUAUGAUAAAAUUAAGAAGGCGAUAGAGUAUUGA